AUGUCAACACCCAAACCAGCCAUCCUUCUAGUCCCCGGCGCAUGGCAUCAGGGCAAAACCUGGGAGCCCGUCACCAGUCUCCUUCAAGACCAAGGGUAUUAUGUCGAACCUGUAACUCUCCCUUCUGCCGGAGGUCCCCCCUCGACUAGUGUCGCCGACGAUGCAGCCUAUAUUCGCAGCAACCAUUUGGAGAGACUUGUAGCUCAAGGCCGAGAAGUGAUCAUCGUCAUGCACUCAUAUGGCGGUGUUCCCGGCACCGAAUCUGUCAAGGGAUUGGCGAGAAAGGAUAUCGCAACACAAGGGAAACCCGGUGGUGUGAUUGCACUGGUGUAUACGGCCGCCUUUAUGAUUCCCGGAGGACAGAGUCUCGCUGAGUCUUUGCCAAGUGAUACCCCAUCGCUCAUCAGCCCGGUUAUGGAUGGUGAUGCGACACAGGCAAACGAUCCGAGGUUUCAUUUCUAUAAUGACCUCGACGAUGAGACUGCUGCGAAAUAUGUGGAUGCGCUGGUCCAUCACGCCAUGCCGUCCUUCAUGACUCCCUUCACUUAUGAGGCCUAUCGGGACGUGCCAGCGACUUACCUGUUUUGCGAACGGGAUGAAGCUAUCAGGCCUAAUUUCCAGAGAGAGAUGGUGGCCAAUGCGGGGGAUAAUGUUGUGCGAACUUAUACCUGCGCCUCGGGCCACUCUCCUAUGUUAUCUGUACCGGAGAAGGUUUUCGAGGUUAUACAUGAUACUGCAAUACUUGCCAGGUCGUGA